AUGGCUGACAUCAGCACCAAAAUGGAAACUUCACAUUUUGGGACAACAGUUACAGGGAUAAAAGCUGAUAAGGUGUAUAGACUUGCUCAGUGUUAUGGUGGUGUUUCUAGCCGUGAAUGCAACUUAUGCUCUGCUAAAGCACUUACUACUAUUCCUGGUUGUUUGCCUAGUACAGGUGGCAGAGUUUAUCUCAGUGGUUGCUUUAUGAGGUAUGAGAAUUAUAGCUUUUUUGGGGAGCAUACAGGGGAAGAAGACAGAUUUAUAUGUGUGAAUAAAACAAGGAGAAACAAUGCCUUUGAGCAAUCAACCUCCAAGGUUGUGUUUCAAACAGUGGAAGCUGCACCUAAAAGUAAAGAGUAUCAUGCUGGAAAACAGGCUCUUAUUUCUGGGACAGAAAAUAAAUCAGUGUAUGCAAUGGCUGAUUGCUGGCGUACAUUAGAUAUAGAUUCUUGUGCGUAUUGUUUGCAAAAAGCAGCUACGUCCAUGUUAGGCUGCUUGCUUGUGUCAGAGGAGUAUGCAUUGGGUUGUAUUUGUAUAAAUGCUCUGUUAAAGAUAUAUUGGAGGUUUUGGUUGAUUGAUCAUCUAAUUUCUCCUGUUUAUGGUAUUGGAGGGAAAAUAAUAGCUAUUGUAAUGGUUGUUACUUCUGCUGUAGCAUUCUUAAUUGCGAGUAUUAUCGCUUUUUAUGCAUGGAAGCGCAAAAAUAAAUCAAAAAGAAGAAGGCAAGGUUCUGAUGACACUCAAUUGUUGAUGAUGGUGAACAAUAGUAGCUUCAACUUCAAAUACUCCACCAUUGAGAAAGCCACGUGUUGUUUUGAUGAGGCGAACAAGCUUGGACAAGGGGGAUUUGGAACAGUAUACAAGGGAGUCCUUCCAGAUGGAAGAGAGAUUGCUGCCAAGAGACUUUUCAUCAAUCAGCGACACAGAGCAGGGGACUUUUAUCAUGAAGUCAACAUCAUUAGUAGUGUUGACCACAAAAACCUGGUCAAACUAAUAGAAUUCAGCUGUUUGGGGCCUGAAAGUAUUCUCAUUUAUGAAUAUCUACCCAACAAGAGUCUCAAUCAUUUCAUCUUCGGUGAGCUUCAUGACUUCCCAAAUUCUCCAAAUACUUCAAUUUUUGAUGCAGAUAGAGGUAAGGAACUAAACUGGGCGAAAAGAAUUGAUAUUAUUGUGGGAAUAGCAGAGGGUUUAGCCUACCUUCAUGAAAACAGUAAAACCAGAAUCAUUCACAGGGAUAUAAAAGCUGCUAAUAUCUUGUUGGAUUCAAGGCUUCGUGCUAAGAUUGCUGAUUUUGGAUUAGCCAGGUCCUUUCAAGAAGAUAAAAAUCAUAUUAGCACUGGGAUUGCAGGAACACUUGGAUAUAUGGCUCCAGAGUAUAUACUGAAUGGUAAAUUAACAAAAAAAGUGGAUGUGUACAGCUUUGGUGUGGUUUUGCUUGAGGUUGUUACUGGAAUCCCAAAUAGAAGAAUACAGACAUCAGAGGACACUCACAGCUUGCUUUGGAUUGCAUGGAGGAAUUUUCGGCAAGGAACAUUAGAGGAGCUUUUUGAUCCAAACUUAAUGUUGAAGAAUGACACCAGUAGCAACAUGAAGAAGGAAUUAAAAAGUGUGAUACACAUAGGGCUUCUUUGCAUACAAGAAGUUCCAUCACUAAUACCAACCAUGUUUAUGGCUCUACAAAUGUUAUCUAAAAAUAUUGAACCUUUACCUUCACCUUCUAACCCCCCUUGUAUACCUUAA